UCCACACUGAAGGAGGUUUUCCAUGAAAGUGACAAAACCUGUGGCAAGAUGACGGACCAAAUUUGCUUUCAUCUGCUUUGUCUUUCAGGACUCCUGUCACUAACUCUGUGUAAACCACACGGAUAUGUUCUGAUCCGAGAGUCAAUGCCGUGGGCAAAAGCUCAAACCUACUGCAGGGAAAACCACAUCGACCUGGCCACAGUUCAGACCGCUGAAGACUGGACCACUCUGCAAGAAGUUGCCGAUGCAGAAAAGUAUCAUUCAUUUGCCUGGAUUGGACUCUAUAAUGAUGUCAACAGCUGGAGUUGGUCUUAUCAAGCGGAGCGUUUAGUGUUUAAGUCCUGGGCAUCUGGCCAGCCGAAUAACUACACUGAUGGAGAGGAGUGUGUGGAAAUGUUUUCCUCUGGAUACUGGAAUGAUUGCCUCUGCAAUGCCAAUAAAUAUUUCUUCUGUAACGACGAAAGAGCCAACGCAACAGUGAGACUGGUUUUAAUCAGAACUUCAAUGACGUGGCUCAACGCUCAGAAGUAUUGCAGACAGCAUCACACAGACCUGGCCACUGUUAGGAGUCUAGACGACAACGCACAGAUCACCAACUUGAUGACGAAUAUGGGUGGAGUCUGGAUCGGACUGUACAGGGGCGCGUGGAAGUGGUCAGAUCAGGCCAACUUUACUUCCUCAACCCAACUCAUUACUCAGAGACUCAACACGAAGGGCCAAAACUGUGUCGGUCUAUAUAAUUCUAGUGCUUCCAUUGAUGAUCAAUAUUGCACUUCAUCUUAUUACUUCUACUGCAGCAUUGUGAAGAGUAAGCAGCAGCUGAUCCGAGUGCAGGUCAAAGCCAGUGAGAACGCGGACGACGCUACAUUGAGUGCACUCGUCUUAAAAAAGUUACAGCAGAUGCUGAGCGAUCAGGACGUCACACUCACAUGGAGGAAACAACCGGACGGGAAAAUCUUCCAGAAGAAAAAGACCAGGAACGCCAGUCCUCCAGUUUGCUGAAGUCAUGUUCUUUAUGGAGUGACACUUAUCCCAAACCAAUGCUAUAUUUCAUUUUACUAUUCAAUUAAAUAUUCAUGAUUCCUAUCUGAAGCGUUGAUUAGUUGAAGUGAUUUAUUAUUGUAUUUUUAAAGUCAUAUGAUAUGGAUCACACUUCACAGGCUUUACUGUGUAGUUUUACACAUUUUCUGUUGUCUUAUUGCUAUAAUGUAAUGAUAUGUGUUCCAGUGCAGUUCAUUUGAUUGUAAACAAUGUUUGUUCGAGGAAGUCUCCAACGCAAAUUUUCAUUUCUAUGCCGAUGAUACUUUGAUAUACACUUGCUUUUGGUACUGUACAAUUUACCUGGUUUGAUUUAAAACACAAUUUCCUUAAUAUUCAGGAACCAGUCUCACUGGUUGCUUUUAAAUUACUUUUAUGGCUGUGCAAAAAUUAAUUGCAAUUAAUCGCAUCCAAAAUAAA